GUCUUAUAACUUUGUAUAUCAUUGAUUAUAUUAUCGUAUGAAUCGUGAUAUAUUAUGUAAAUGUUGAUUAGCAGUGUGUUAACAGUUCAAAGAUUUCUGACUCGACCAACGCUCGGCUUGCUGAUCUGUUGCUAAGAAAAUAUUACCUAGUGCUGAGCACUGCGUAAACUUGUGGCGGAGUAACUCAUUACAGCGUUAAAAUUACCGUUGAUCUGGAAACCAAAAUGCCUGCUGUGAUAUCAGCAACUCCAGAAGAGCAAAAUGGCGCGGAUCGAAAGAUGUUUAGUGCGCUCAAACGAUACAUAAUACGAGAACGACAGAGAAAAAAAGAAGAAUAUGAAGCUGAAGUUGAGGAAGAAAGACAAAGGAAAGAAAGAGAAGCAAGAGAUGUUAUGACCCUUGAGGAGACAAAGGAACAAAUAGAAGUAUUGGAACAGAAGUUGAAAUUACUGGAGAAAGAGAAACAGCAGUUGUUCAUGCAGCUUAAGAGAGUGUUGAAUGAAGAUGAAAUAAGAAAGAGACAGCAACAGAAAGAUGCCAAUGAAAUGCAAUCAAUGAAGAUGCCAAUGGGAAAUAUUCAGAUACCCAUGUUCCAAAUGCCAACAUCCACUGGGCAGGGUGAACAGCAACAAAACCAAGGAAGACCGCCACCACUCUCUUCACACAUAUUGAAUAAGAACAAACACUCCAACUACAUGUUGUUCCCGCAACAACAGACAAUUGUACGGGGGCCAGUACAGAGUGUGAAGAGACCUCGUAGCCCGUCACCAAACUACUCACUCUACGCUCACAGGAUUCACCAGCCCCCAAUGAAACACCAGUCUGUGUAUUCUGAUCACAAGGUCGAAGAUAAUCGUAUGGGCCGCCAGAUGGCGCGUGCAGUGCUAUGGAACAAGCCGUCGCAGUACGCGUCAAGCGGGUCCUACUACAUGCCUACUUCGGGUGUAGUGGGCGUGGUCGGGGAGCGCCCGCCCCCACUACUGUACGCGCACCACGCCCACUCCCAACACUCCAACCUCAUGUACGCGCCCGCACAGCCCAUGUAUCUCGACAUGCUGAAGAAUAGAGAACAGCAUGAGCAGAAGAAGGAGCAGCAGCCGCAGGUGCUGAUCGGUCUGAGCGAGGCGCACUCGUCGGUGAGCAGCGCGGGCGUGGUGUACGCGCCGCCCGUCAGCCGCCACCUCUCCAUACACCCGCCGCCGCAGCACAACAACAUGCAGACACCGAAGCAGGGCAGCAUAACGCAGGGCUACUCGGUCCAGCAGUCAAAUGCCAACGUCCAGAACCCGAACAUAUAUCCCAACCGUCACAGAUAUUAGCUAGUAAUCAUACGGCGACACUCCAAGCAGCCACCAUAGCGAGAACACUCAUGCGGAGAGAGCACACUUCCCCGUUGAACUCCCACUGCUAACUGCCAAUAUUAUGUGUUAAAUAACAUUUGUUUAUUUGUUGUUUUAGUAGGGCUGUACAAUUUAUAUUUUGAUAUAUAAAGUAACAAAAAGCUUGAUAAGUU